CCGCGGAACCCGGCAGCCUUGGGCGCGCGAGUGGGGAGCUCUCGCGCCGCGCAGGGCUCACUCCCUGGUUGCGGUUGCUGAGGAAAUGCUGGAGCGCGGCACCCGGCUGCUCCACCUGGCGCGCUGAGCACCGCGCGGGGAGCCCCCGGGGGCUGGCGGUGGGGGGCGCGGACUGCGGUAGAAUGCACGCCGGGCUCCUCCGGCUCUGCGAGACGUAGCUCCAGCUCGGUCAGUUGCCGGGGGACCGCCGCUCGCCGCUCCACUAACUUGCCACUUGGUCGUGACUGGUCUCCGAGGCUCGCUACGCUUUGGGUGGUGGGGGGCGGGGAGAGUGGGGAGUUAGAGGGUCUGCGGUAGCCGAAGGAGGGAUCCUACGAGGGGGAGCCUGCCUGGUGCCGCUCUUCUUCCCCUCCCUGUCACUCCCCUCCCCCCACCCCGUCGCUGCCGCUUUCCCUUCCGCCAAUUCCGAGAGCGACGGGCGCCUGUGACAUGCGAACGCUGCCAAGUGACGGUCCCCGAGUCUGAAGUGCCCGCGAGGAAGUGAGCGCCAACGCGGGCCGCCGGCGAUGACAGCCAUGAAGCAGGAGCAGCAGCCCACCCCGGGGGCCAGGGCGAGCCAGGCGCAGCCGGCGGACCAGGAACUGGGAAGUAACAGCCCUCCACAGAGAAACUGGAAGGGAAUUGCUAUUGCUCUGCUGGUGAUUUUAGUUGUAUGCUCACUCAUCACUAUGUCAGUCAUCCUCUUAACCCCAGAUGAACUCACAAAUUCGUCAGAAACCAGAUUGUCUUUAGAAGACCUCUUUAGGAAAGACUUUGUGCUUCACGAUCCAGAGGCUCGAUGGAUCAAUGAUUCAGAUGUGGUGUAUAAAAGCGAGAAUGGACAUGUCAUUAAACUGAAUAUAGAAACAAACGCUACCACAUUAUUAUUGGAAAACACAACUUUUGUAACCUUCAAAGCAUCAAGACAUUCAGUUUCACCAGAUUUGAAAUAUGUUCUUCUGGCAUAUGAUGUCAAACAGGUUUUUCAUUAUUCAUAUACUGCUUCAUAUGUGAUUUACAACAUACACACUAGGGAAGUUUGGGAGUUAAAUCCUCCAGAAGUAGAGGACUCCGUCUUGCAGUACGCGGCCUGGGGUGUCCAAGGGCAGCAGCUGAUUUAUAUUUUUGAAAAUAAUAUCUACUAUCAACCUGAUAUAAAGAGCAGUUCAUUGCGACUGACAUCUUCUGGAAAAGAAGAAAUAAUUUUUAAUGGGAUUGCUGACUGGUUGUAUGAAGAGGAACUCCUGCAUUCUCACAUCGCCCACUGGUGGUCACCAGAUGGAGAAAGACUUGCCUUCCUGAUGAUAAAUGACUCUUUGGUACCCACCAUGGUUAUCCCUCGGUUUACGGGAGCAUUGUAUCCCAAAGGAAAGCAGUAUCCGUACCCUAAGGCAGGUCAAGUGAACCCAACAAUAAAAUUAUAUGUUGUAAACCUGUAUGGACCAACUCACACUUUGGAGCUCAUGCCACCUGACAGCUUUAAAUCAAGAGAAUACUAUGUCACUAUGGUUAAAUGGGUAAGCAAUACCAAGACUGUGGUAAGAUGGUUAAACCGACCUCAGAACAUCUCCAUCCUCACAGUGUGUGAGACCACUACAGGUGCUUGUAGUAAAAAAUAUGAGAUGACAUCAGAUACGUGGCUCUCUAAGCAGAAUGAGGAGCCCGUGUUUUCUAGAGAUGGCAGCAAAUUCUUUAUGACAGUUCCUGUUAAGCAAGGGGGACGUGGAGAAUUUCACCACAUAGCUAUGUUCCUCAUCCAGAGUAAAAGUGAGCAAAUUACUGUGCGGCAUCUGACAUCGGGAAACUGGGAAGUGAUAAAGAUCUUGGCAUAUGAUGAAACUACUCAAAAAAUUUACUUUCUGAGCACUGAAUCUUCUCCCAGAGGAAGGCAGCUAUACAGUGCUUCUACUGAAGGAUUAUUGAAUCGCCAAUGCAUUUCAUGUAAUUUCAUGAAAGAACAAUGUACAUAUUUUGAUGCCAGUUUUAGUCCCAUGAAUCAACAUUUCUUAUUAUUCUGUGAAGGUCCAAGGGUCCCAGUGGUCAGCCUACAUAGUACGGACAACCCAGCAAAAUAUUUUAUAUUGGAAAGUAAUUCUAUGCUGAAGGAAGCUAUCCUGAAGAAGAAGAUAGGAAAGCCAGAAAUUAAAAUUCUUCAUAUUGACGACUAUGAACUUCCUUUACAGUUGUCCCUUCCCAAAGAUUUUAUGGACCGAAACCAGUAUGCUCUUCUGUUAAUAAUGGAUGAAGAGCCAGGAGGCCAGUUGGUUACAGAUAAGUUCCAUAUUGACUGGGAUUCCGUACUCAUUGACAUGGAUAAUGUCAUUGUAGCAAGAUUUGAUGGCAGAGGAAGUGGAUUCCAGGGUCUGAAAAUUUUGCAGGAGAUUCAUCGAAGAUUAGGUUCAGUAGAAGUAAAGGACCAAAUAACAGCUGUGAAAUUUUUGCUGAAACUGCCUUACAUUGACUCCAGAAGAUUAAGCAUUUUUGGAAAGGGUUAUGGUGGCUAUAUUGCGUCAAUGAUCUUAAAAUCAGAUGAAAAGCUUUUUAAAUGUGGAUCAGUGGUUGCACCUAUCACAGACUUGAAAUUGUAUGCCUCCGCUUUCUCUGAAAGAUACCUUGGGAUGCCAUCUAAGGAAGAAAGCACUUACCAGGCAGCCAGUGUGCUACAUAAUGUUCAUGGCUUGAAAGAAGAAGAUAUAUUAAUAAUUCAUGGAACUGCUGACACAAAAGUUCAUUUCCAACACUCAGCAGAAUUAAUCAAGCACCUAAUAAAAGCUGGAGUGAAUUAUACUAUGCAGGUCUACCCAGACGAAGGUCAUAACAUAUCUGAGAAGAGCAAGUAUCAUCUCUACAGCACAAUCCUCAAAUUCUUCAGUGAUUGUUUGAAGGAAGAAAUAUCUGUGCUACCACAGGAACCAGAAGAAGAUGAAUAAUGGACCAUAUUUAUACAGAACUGAAGGGAAUAUUGAGGCUCAAUGAAACCUGACAGAGACUGUAAUAGUGUGGUUGCUCCAGAAUGUUAAGGGCAGCUUAUGGAGAUGUCACUGGAGCAGCACGCUCAGAGACAGUGAAUACACAAGUCCAAGUCUACUGUGUUGCUAGGGGUGCAGAACCCGUUUCUUUGUAUGAGAGAGGUCAAAGCGUUGGCUUCCUGGGAGAAAUUAGUUUUGCAUUAAAGUAGGAGUAGUGCAUGUUUUCUUCUGUUAUCCCCCUGUUUGUUCUGUAACUAGUUGCUCUCAUUUUAAUUUCACUGGCCACCAUCAUCUUUGCAUAUAAUGCACAAUUUAUCAUCUGUCCUACAGUCCCUGAUCUUUCAUGGCUGAGCUGCAAUCUAACACUUUACUGUACCUUUAUAAUAAGUGCAAUUCUUUCAUUGUCUAUUAUUAUGCUUAAGAAAAUAUUCAGUUAAUAAAAAACAGAGUAUUUUAUGUAAUUUCUGUUUUUAAAAAGACAUUAUUAAAUGGGUCAAAGGACAUAUAGAAAUGUGGAUUUCAGCACCUUCCAAAGUUCAGCCAGUUAUCAGUAGAUACAAUAUCUUUAAAUGAACACACGAGUGUAUGUCUCACAAUAUAUAUACACACGUGUGCAUAUACAGUUAACGAAACUAUCUUUAAAUGUUAUUCAUGCUAUAAAGGGUAAACGUUUGAUGAAUUAGAAGAGAUGCUCUUUUCCAGGCUAUAAUGGAUGCUUUGUUUAAUGAGCCAAAUAUGAUGAAACAUUUUUUUCCAAUUCAAAUUCUAGCUAUUGCUUUCCUAUAAAUGUUUGGGUUGUGUUUGGUAUUGUUUUUAGUGGUUAAUAGUUUUCUAGUUGCAUUUAAUUUUUUGAAUAUGAUACCUUGUCACAUGUAAAUUAGAUACUUAAAUAUUAAAUUAUAGUUUCUGAUAAAGAAAUUUUGUUAACAA